ACUUGUCUCUCUCGCGAUGCUUUGCGCCAGAAACCACUUCCCAUACCGCAUACACAAGCCACCGCCCUCGCUGUGCAUUGCAGGCUGCAUCGUGCGCUCCCCUGAGGCGGGUCUCGCAUUGCCACGCGAGGCUAGAUUAUUAGCUCACACUGCCCCUGAUCAUCACGCGUUUGCUAAAGGCUUGGGCUAGUUGGAUCUUUCUCUGUCCAACGCGUCUCCCACCACAACUGCAACUGCAAAACAGUUACUCGCUUCCAGUUUGAGCCUAUGAUCAUCGUUGACGACAAGAAGGACCUCAGCCUCGCUCAGCCGGAUCCGCAAGGCGCGUCCGGUAGUAGCUCUCAAGCGCCGCCGCCGCCUUUCGAGGCCACGCAGCCUUCCGCGUACAGCGACCUCGACUCAAAUGUCUAUGCGCCGCCUGGCGGCGAGGAUCCACCUCCAGAGUUUGUGCCAUAUGAUGCAGAGUACUUUCGGACGGACGAUGGCACUAUAGUCUCGCACGACCCGCAUUUGAACGAAGAUGGCGAAGCAUUGUAUCGCUUCCUCCUGUCCCAGGCCCAGACACCACCACAGCUCUUCCUCCGCGUACGCGGAGAACACCAAGAACAACGCACCCGUAGCGUCCCCCGCACAGAUGCUCAGGGCCGGACGCACUGGGACACGGAGACAGAGACAGUCACCGUAGUUGAUUUCAACUUCACGAUCGACAUCUCUUCCCAAGUGCCCGCUGUUCCUGUCCACUGGAGCGUCCCAGACGAACAACCUGCGUACCGGGGAGAGAUGUACCAGGAGGUCGAUACUGUCACCUUACAUCCAAGUUCGCGUCCGAGAGACAUCGAAAGCCAGCGUAUAGGCGGUAGAAAGCGUCUUAAAGCGACGAGAGAGGAGCGAAAGACCGCCGGGGCCUGGCAACACGAAGGUCGCGCGAGAGGUCUGCCACCCUGGAUUGGGCCCGAUGCAGGUUGGGCACCACGGAGUCAGGUUGCCAUGAACAGCAGCCAGAUGAACGUUUACAAAUCCUCCAAGACUGUCCGUGAGUGGGCGGACGAAUACUGCAGAAGCCCGAAGAUUCUCAAGGAGUUUACGUACUCUAAGGUGAUUCAUGGCUGGAAUUUCGACGCGCUUGAGGCUGCGGUAGUCGCCGCUGUCAAGUCGACGUACUACCAGGGCACCCUCUCGGUCAGGUUCGAGACGCACGCCGACCAGAUCCAUGUGCGAGCCGAUCACUGGCUCGCGCGUGCCUUAUCGGACAAAUGGAUCAAGUUUCUGCUCAUUAUCACCCUGAUAUACCCGUUCAUCUGGCUGUUUAAACGGUCCGCACCUUCCGGGGGAGGAAAGUGGGGAGUUUGCGGCGCCGCGUAUGCCCUCGUGUCCUGGCAACCUGCCCAACAAGAGGACGAGAUCAGUGGGGCGCCUCCUCCCUUCUCGGACGAAGAACCAGGCUGGGUGGCCCAAGGCGCCAGCGGCGCUCAGAAGAUGAAGCUGGUCGGUAUGAAGGAAGGCGAAUGGUUCCAAAAGUGGGAAGCUACGAUCAAGCGUGCGGUCAGUGGGCGGUGUCAGUCAGACGUACCCCUGGUGGAUCCAGAUGCGCCCACACCCGCUGCACUGGAGCUCGAUGGAUAUAGGCCAUGACAUUGGACACCCCCGAAUUACGCUACAUAUGCACCGCACCUGCCUAUCCUUUUGGCUACAGCUAGAUACCACGCGAUUUGAAUAUAUCCACUUCACAGAUAGGAACUAAAUGGAACACCUCGAGACGAAAUACUUGUAACCUCUAUUGGUAGAAUGGGAUAUGUCGUUGAGCUCGGCGAACUGACGGACCUCAUGCUCGAGCUCGUGGACGUUCGGGCAGUGUAUAACGCCGUGCCGAUGCAGUGUCCGCACGGCUUCUCUCCACCACACCCUGCAGCAAAAGCGAGUCUCCUUGCCAACAUCUUCGCUCGGAAGCUGCAUAGGGAUAGCUCGCAGGAGGUUGUGUAUAUACUCGGUAGUAUGCUUCGCGGUGCAUUCACCUGUGUGGCGCAGUAAGAGUUA